AUGAGGCGCUUCACGGUCAACUUGCUGUGGGCGACGGCGGCGUCUGCACUUCCUACGCUCGAAGAACGAGACUUCUCGACGUGGUCGCCGCCUGGUGCUGGCGAUGUUCGCUCACCUUGCCCAGGACUCAAUUCGCUAGCAAACCACGGAUUCAUUCCUCACGAUGGAAAGAACAUGACUCUUGAUACGAUUAUCCAGGGCUUAGCCGACGGGAUGAACAUCGAUGCGCCUUUUGCGUCGUUCCUGUUCGCAGGAGGAAGUCUGGCUGCGCCUGACAACAGGCAGCUUCAAAGUUUUGAUUUGAAUGAUUUGGAUCAGCAUAAUUUCCCAAUUGGUAGGUCCGCACAGCAGAGAAAUAUGGAUGACCAGUGUUUGCUGACCCGACGCAGAGCACGAUGCAUCCCUCUCGCGCCAAGACGCUUUCUUCGGCAACGAUUACUCCUUCAACCAGACCAUCUUCAACCAAGUCCUAUCAUUCUACGACGGCAUGGCAAACACUUCCAUCCCCGUCGCCUCCAAAGCCAAAUACGCCCGCGUGCAGGACUCCCAGCAACGCGACCCUACCUUCACCUACGGGCCCCGAGAGUUCAUCCUCAGCUACGGCGAGACAGCACUGUACUUGAGCAUCAUGGGCGAUCCGACAACAGGCGUUGCGCCAGUGGACUAUGUCAAGAUCUUCUUCGAGCAGGAACGCCUGCCCUACAAUGAGGGUUGGAGGAAACCGACGCAGCAGACGACUCUGCUAACGGUUGGAGAUAUGAUCAAUCAGCUUUAUGCCAGCAGUCCGGAGCCUUUGCCUGAGGGUCUGGAGAUUCUGACGGUUGGUGCUUAUCAGGAUGCCUUGGCGGGUAUCAAUCCCGUUACGAAUGCUCUUGGCAAUUUGACUUGCGGAGUGGCUGGUACCUGUUAG